AUGUUGGGCGUUGCAUGGGAUUCCAGAUUGGGAAAAGGAACUGAGGCACUUAAAAAAGAACAACUAGGCAUCAAAGCACAUGUGGCCGACACCACCACCCUUAUAACUGAUGUCACCAUUAGGAACGGCCACCUAGCUGCCAUCCUUGCUCAUGAUGCAGAUGAUACAGGUUGGAUUAUUGAUUCAGGAGCUACUAACCAUAUGAUGUAUGGUUCUGAUUUAUUCUCUACUACUAUCUCGUCGCAUUGCAAUCGUGUUCUGACUGCUAAUAAUUAUGCUAUUCAUGUCAUGGGGGAUGGUUCUAUAAACUUGACACAUACUUUAUCAUUGGACAAAGUGCUAUUGGUUUCAUCUUUGUUUAGCAAUUUAUUAUAUGUGCCACAUGUUAUUGAGCAGUAA